GCAUUCGUCAAUUUGCAGCAGAAGUGUGCGCACGCUAAGAAUAAUCUUAAUUUAUUUAUCAGAUUGGUAAAAUCUUUAAUGAAUCAAUUUAUUGGAUUCGGAAGCUGCUGCAAUUGAUUUCUUUAUAAAAAUGAAAAUUUUAAAGUGUUUUAUGUGCUUUUUCAUCAUCGUGUCAACCACAUGUCAGUUAAUAAAUGCUGGGAAAAUUUUAAAGAAAUCGAAUGAUUUUAAAGAAGGAAAAGGCAACUCAAAGAAGGUUUUUGAUUCCACAGAAAGCGAUAAAAAUAAGGAUCCACAUUCACAUGGCUUUAUUCCGCCUCAAAUAAAAUUUACAUCAUUCGAAAAAUGUGAUCCAUGUCCAUCAAUAGCAAAAUGUGUUCCAGCCAUUCAAUGUCCGGCACAUUUGCACAUGUCGACGAAACCUCAAAUGUGUGAUUUACCAGGAAAUGGAAAAGUUCAUGGUCUAUGCUGUACAACGAAACAAAAUCAUACAGCAAAUAAUUUUAAAAAACAUGCUAAGCUUCGCUCUAACGACGUGCUAGACCACGUGGUUCAAGAUGCGAAAAUGGAGUUUAAAAUGUUGAAAAAUAGAGAAAGAGCUCAUGAAACAUUUGAAGAAGAAGGAAAUGGAAUAACCGAACCAGAUUUCUUCCAUCAAAUGGUGUUUGGAAAUCAUCGGCCGGAUGAAGCUGUUAAAAUAAAUUCACUUACAAAUGCAGGAGUUGAACAAAUGAUGGCAUCUAAAAUAUUUAAAGAUAAACAGCAGUUGACAGUAGAAGAAGCACAACUGAAUAUGUUUGAUACAAAUUUAGUGGAUUCACCAAUGUCUAGAACUUGUUUGCCACAUCCCAAAUGUUCUUCCAUUCCAUUGCAUUACCGAACAAUAGAUGGAACUUGUAAUCAUGGUCCUGGAAGGGAGACUUGGGGAGCUGCUAACACACCAAUGGAACGCUUACUCCCACCUGCUUAUGAAGAUGGAAUUUGGGCUCCACGAAAUACAGCCAUUGAUGGAUCAAAGCUUCCCAGCGCUCGAACUAUUUCUAGAACUUUAUUCCCUGAUUUUGAUCGCCCUCAUCCAUUCCUUAAUUUGAUGAUCAUGCAGUUUGGGCAAUUUCUUUCACACGACUUCACUCAAUCAUCAUCAAUCACAUUACCUGGAGGAAAACGUGUGAAAUGCUGUUCGAAAGAUGGAACAUCCAUGCUACCUCCUAACGAGCUACAUUUUGCUUGUAUGCCCAUUCAUAUCGAUCCUAAUGAUGAAUUUUAUGAACAAUUCCAUCAACGUUGUAUGAAUUUUGUUCGUCUUGCAAUCUCACCUGAUCACAAUUGUCAACUUGGGUAUUCAAAAACAUUGUCAAAAGUUACACAUUAUAUUGAUGGAUCGGCAAUUUAUGGCUCCGGUAUGGAAACCUCUCGAGAUUUAAGAAGUUUUCGAGAUGGAAAAUUGAAAAUGUUUAUCGAUUUCAAUCGAGAACUUCUUCCACUUAACCCGAAAUCUGAUAAUUGUAUGGUGCAUGGAUCUGCUUGUUUCUUAGCUGGAGAUGUUCGUGUUAAUCAACACAUUAUGUUAGUGGCACUUCACUUGCUAUUUGCUCGUGAGCAUAAUCGCAUUGCUGAAGAUUUGCAUCAACUGAAUCCACAUUGGUCUGAUGACACCAUCUUUGAAGAAACGAGAAAAAUUGUCGUAGCUGAGAUCCAACACAUCACAUACAAUGAGUGGCUUCCACUUGUUAUUGGAAAAGAAACAGCAAGAACAUUUUCUCUUCUUAGCUCUUUUGAAGGUUACAGUAACGAUUAUGAUGAAGAAAUCAAUCCGAGUAUGACAAAUGAAUUUACUGGUGCUGCCUUUAGAUUCGGUCAUUCAACAGUUCAAGGAAGACUUUUUGUUGAGUUCCAACAUCGAUUGGAUGAAAUCAUUCUCAUCUCAGACACGUUCCAUAAUCCGGGUCGCUUCCGUUUCCAACAUUUCUAUGACGAAAUUAUUAGAACUUUGGUUCAUGAACCGAUGCAGUCAGUUGACAAUUCUGUAACAUAUGGCUUAUCUCGCUAUUUGUUCCGGGGUGGUAAUCCUUAUGGUCUUGAUCUCAUCUCUCUUAAUAUUCAACGCGGUCGUGAUGAAGCUUUAAGAAGUUAUAAUGAUUAUCUCGCUGUAAGUGGACGUAAACCUAUCGAUGAUUUUCACGAGUUCGGAUCAGUAAAUGCGGAACGAUUGGAAAGCGUUUACAAGUCACCACAUGACAUUGAUUUAUAUGUGGGUGGUUUAUUAGAAUCAUCUGAAGAUGAUGCUAUUGUUGGUCCCACUUUCCGAGAUAUAAUUGCUGAUCAAUUCUCAAGAUUACGUAGAGGCGAUCGGUACUUCUAUGAGCAUAAUCCAACAAUCAAUCCGGGACAUUUUCUACCAGGUCAAUUAGAACAAAUUAAGAGAAUUACUUUAGCAAGAAUUAUUUGUGAUAAUUCAGAUGGAAUUGCAUUAACAACUCAAUCACGUAAUGCUUUCAUUCAAUCAAAUUUAAUUGGAAAUGAACCUGUGCCUUGUGAAAGCAGCGCAAUUCCGAAGAUAGAUUUAUCACUGUGGAAAGAUUGACACAAAUCAAGAGGGAAUAUAAACUUUUAUUUAAAAAAAAAAACUUGAAAGAUGUCAUGUCGAUGAUGAUGGCAAUUGCUUGUUAAAUUUGUUUCGUCUGUGUCUUGUAUUGUAUGUCAAAAAAAAAAUAAAGAUGAAUAAGAAAAAAGAAAACAAA